AUGUGCUCAUCUUCGGAAAUGAUGUUUGAUAUAAUUUCCAAUUUAGAAGAUUGUUUGUCCAGUGAUAAGUUUAACACGUUAUGUGAUGGUGGUUUGAAGUUUUUUAAAGUUUCUAAUAAUUAUAAAGUGGGUGACUACAUAUGUUAUGCUAGUAACCGUCAAUGUGCUCUACCAACAUUGCCUGUUUUAGAAAUGCAAUUAUUUGAGAUUUUACCCUGGAUUAAGGAUUUCAUUAAGGUCAGUGUUGCACCACAUGGAUUUGCUCUGUCCUUCUUCAGAAGUGGUUGUUUUCUCAAUGGACUAAAAGAUGUAGAGAUGUUAGGAAGUAAAUAUGGGUACAAUUCUAUGUAUAUAAAUAAGGUGUUCGUGUUAUCAGUGAUAGAAAAAAACCCUGGAUCUAACAAUCUUAUAAAUCUUAGGUUGAAUGUUACCAAUAAUUUACUCAAAAAUGUUAUUUGUGCUUGUGGAGGUAGUUUUGAUUCAUCUAAUAAUAAAGUAAAUGAAACUAUCCAUAUUAAAAUAACCAACAAGAAUUUAUUACAUAAGGAUUGUAUCAAUAUUAUAGUUGGAACUGUGACUACUGAUUCUCCUAGCACCACCUUAGAUUCUUAUAAGAGUUUAAGAAUGACCGACAUUAUGGCCUUAUGUGAUAAUAAAUUAGAUGGUGUUAAUGUAUUAGAGGAAAGAAACAAAAUUUUAAAUGCUUCAGUACUAUUUGAUUUAUUGCAGUGUAAUGUUCAGCGAUCAAUUGCAUUACAUCUUAAAGAAAAUGACAGCGAUAAAAGAACAUCUUGUAAAGGCACUAUUUUUGUGUUGUAUAAUUAUGCAAGAUUGUUUAGCUUAUGUGCUAGGUUUGAUGAUGAAGUUUUAGCUGGUGUAUAUCCUGAAUUACCAGAGUUGAAAAACAUUGAUUUCUCUAUUUUAGCUUCAGAUGAUGAGUGGCAGAUCAUGUUUGAAUCAAUUUUAAGUUGGCCAUCAGUUGUAAAGAAAAGCAUUAUUGAUAUUAAAUCAGGCAGGUUAAAAUUGCAUCUAAUUUUGGAUUUUUUGAAGAAAAUUUCCACGACAUUCAGUCAAUAUUAUCAUAAAACCCGAGUCUUGACAGAACCAAGAAUCCAUUUAUUACCAGCUCUAUUUGCGAGAAUGCGUUUACUUAAAUCAUUAUUGCAAGUUUAUCAAAAUGCAUUUAAUUUAAUUGAUGUUACACCUUUACAAAAAAUGUAG